GACCUUUUUCCCCACGUGUACUGACAAUAGUCAUUGUGACCCUUGACUUAAUUAAACUUGACUUCUGUCUAAGUUUUUUGUUAGGUUUGCUGUUGGUUGUCUGAAUUAGUCUAACAAGUAUCUACAAGGAAAUAAUGGCAUUGGUAGAAGAAGCUAUGGAGCUCGUCCGAGCCGUGAGGAAAGAUGGAGGCCCUGAUAGUUACAACAAAUGGGCUUCAAAAUACGACGAGCUGAUAGGAACAAAACUGAAUUAUAUUGGAUUCAACAGCGUCCUUUCAAAAUGGAGCCAAUAUUGCAGUCAGGACAUACCAGAAGGAAGGCGCCCUAGGAUACUUGAUGCCGGCUGUGGUACGGGCUUGCUUGGGCAGCAAGUAAACACUGUCGUCUCCCUAGAUAAUGUCGAGCUUUAUGGAGGCGACUAUAGCCCAGGGAUGCUUGAAGAAGCGAAGCAAAAGGGGAUAUAUCAAGACUUGAAAGUCAUCGACUUGAAGGCCGAGCUACCUUAUGAAGAGGGUUUCUUCGACAGCAUCGUAAGCUCUGGAGUAUUUUCAAAGUCUCACUGUGGGCCAAGCUGUCUACCUAAUUUAAUCCGUGUUCUCAAGAAAGGUGGCUAUUUUAUAACGACAGUCAAGAAAGACCUUUACACCUUGACCGAGAAGGAAUGGGAAAAGGUUAUAGAUGAAUGCAAUUGCAAGUUAAUCGAGAUGCCUGACAUGCCGUACCACAAUGAAAGCUCUGCACUUGUAUUUGUCAUUAAGAAGAACUGAAGAGAGAGAGAGGGGGCAAGAAUCAUUAAUACCUGUAAUGUAAAUUCUUGUAUAAUAUAUAUUCAUAUCUAUUUAGUAUUUAGUAUUUAUAUUAUAGUUUCAAGGAUAAAAAUGUCUUUUGGCAUUAAGUUCA